GGAGGGGAAGGAGUGAAGGUAUGAAUGGAGAAUCAGUGCUGGUUUACAUUUUCCCAAGAGCCUCUUGCAUUUUGCCCCUUGCCAUUCGCUUCUGUGGUCUGCAGAAAGUAACGGGUGGCAUUCAUGCUGUCUGUCAAGCUGGCUGUCUUGUGUAUCCCAGGCGGAAAGUAUGAACAGUCGUGGGACGAGUUGUCUCGGUGCCUUCUGCAACAUUUUGCGAUGUGCAAGAAAGGCCGACCCUGAGCGCGUGCCAGGCUAGUCGCUGCUAACUGCCGAGCAGCAGCCACAUCUCGUCAGGGAUGUGCCGUUAGUCUAGUGUCGACAAAAAAUAUGAAGAGCUGUUUAUGAAGCUCAGUUCCGUGUGGUCUGGGAUGUGGAACGCCUUCAUACACGGAAUUUAGAGAGUUUUAAACAUACUCGACUCUCUUUCCGCAUCAGUGAAGAUGCCGUGUGUACGGAACUCUCUGCUUCUAACGAUGUUUGCUACCUGGACGCUGUGUUUGAAAGAUGAUGAGGCCCCUCCUCAGCUAGAGGGUCCCGCUGAGCAGAUAUCCCACCAAUAUCCUGAACAAGUGUCUUCAGGGGCUAAAUCUGAGACAUACCCGCCACUCGUACAUCCAGCCAUCUGGCAAGACGUUUCCCCAGUCAAUCCCCGUGCGGUUACUAACGGACGGCACCACCCGAGGUUAGCGAUCCUGAUGGACAAAUUCAAGUGGCUCACCGACACAGAGGAAGGGUUACUUCAGUCAAUAAAUGAGCAAAACUUCAACUCGGAGUGGCGAGAGCGCAAACAGACGGGCACAGGUGAUACGUGGGCAGAUGAAAAGUUCAUUCAGCCAAAACAAACAAGCUUUCUUUCGAGGAGAAUGGGGAAUCGCCAUUUCUAGAUAAGAAAGUCGCUGUCAGCUUUCUGUCUAAGAAGCCUUUCCCUCAACGGGGACAUAGACAUAAAACAGUCUAAGCGUUUCCAAUCAGUCAAUGGACUUCAUUCCUCCUGCAUGUUUGUAUUAAAAUGUCGACUUCAGUUUUCAAACUCUACCACGUCGCUUGCAUGUUUCUUGUCUAUGCGCAGUUGUUGACUGCUGUCCCUUUUAAACAGACCUGGUAAAUUGCCGUUUGCCCAGGUCUUUAUUCAGCCAUGUCACCAUUUUGUGAAUUCUGGGUUGCAUAUUCAAAAGAUUUGAAUGACCUGUUACAAAGUCACUCGUAACUUUAUGUUGAAGCGAAUCAAUAAAGCAGACUUCUACUUUA